AUGCCGAUAGCAUUAAGAAAUUUUCAAGCUGAUGUGAACAUCCUACAGGUUAAUUGUGCUUGUAACACAGAAAACAUAGCCAAAACCAAGAAUCACUCACAAAAGCAUAGUGCUGGGCUGCGAGGUGGGGCAGAAGCUGCUUCUGAUGCCGGAGGACUUCUUUUACCAGGUGUACUGUCCAUGGUGCUGGACAUUACAUUGGGUGGGCUCAGAGGGCUGGCUGGGUUCAGGAGGCUGUCCAACCAUCACACCAGGUGUGCACAGUGGCAGGAAGCGCCCACCCAGUACACGCUGCCUGAGGCGAGUGGCAGCAGCAUCAGCUCCGGCUGUGUAAUGGCACCAGACCUGUCAGUCCUAUGCAGCCGGCUCUUUGAAAGUGUGUCUCAGUUACUAGGACAAGAGGGCAAGGACAAGAGGGCAAGGACAAGAGGGCAAGGACAAGAGGGCAAGGACAAGAGGGCAAGGACAAGAGGGCAAGGACAAGAGGGCAAGGACAAGAGGGCAAGGACAAGAGGGCAAGGACAAGAGGGCAAGGACAAGAGGGCACGGACAAGAGGGCACGGACAAGAGGGCACGGACAAGAGGGCACGGACAAGAGGGCACGGACAAGAGGGCACGGACAAGAGGGCACGGACAAGAGGGCACGGACAAGAGGGCACGGACAAGAGGGCACGGACAAGAGGGCAAGGACAAGAGGGCAAGGACAAGAGGGCAAGGACAAGAGGGCAAGGACAAGAGGGCAAGGACAAGAGGGCAAGGACAAGAGGGCAAGGACAAGAGGGCAAGGACAAGAGGGCAAGGACAAGAGGGCAAGGACAAGAGGGCAAGGACAAGAGGGCAAGGACAAGAGGGCAAGGACAAGAGGGCAAGGACAAGAGGGCAAGGACAAGAGGGCAAGGACAAGAGGGCAAGGACAAGAGGGCAAGGACAAGAGGGCAAGGACAAGAGGGCAAGGACAAGAGGGCAAGGACAAGAGGGCAAGGACAAGAGGGCAAGGACAAGAGGGCAAGGACAAGAGGGCAAGGACAAGAGGGCAAGGACAAGAGGGCAAGGACAAGAGGGCAAGGACAAGAGGGCAAGGACAAGAGGGCAAGGACAAGAGGGCAAGGACAAGAGGGCAAGGACAAGAGGGCAAGGACAAGAGGGCAAGGACAAGAGGGCAAGGACAAGAGGGCAAGGACAAGAGGGCAAGGACAAGAGGGCAAGGACAAGAGGGCAAGGACAAGAGGGCAAGGACAAGAGGGCAAGGACAAGAGGGCAAGGACAAGAGGGCAAGGACAAGAGGGCAAGGACAAGAGGGCAAGGACAAGAGGGCAAGGACAAGAGGGCAAGGACAAGAGGGCAAGGACAAGAGGGCAAGGACAAGAGGGUGAAGAAGUACUGGAAGAAGCUCCAGGAAGCUUCCCUACACUCAUUCACCAUCUGUAG